GCCGGCAAUCCUGAGGGGAAAAUUGUUUAAUUUCGACCCCCAUAAAGGGGGAAAAGGAUCCGUUGGUGACGGGGAAGCCUGGUGGGAAAGUGGGGCCGUUCGGGAAGCCCCCGUUUGUGAGCCUUCCGAUCUCCGGGCCCUCUCGCCCUCCCCGCCAGCGACCAAAGACUCGACCGCCUGACCCAGCCGGGCGCCUUUUCUUCUUCUUCCGCCCCCCCCACUCCGGCCCCAAGCUGUUCGCCAUGGACACCGGUGUGAUUGAAGGUGGAUUAAAUGUCACGCUCACCAUCCGGCUCCUGAUGCACGGCAAGGAAGUCGGAAGCAUCAUUGGGAAGAAAGGAGAGUCUGUCAAGAAGAUGCGUGAAGAGAGCGGGGCAAGGAUCAAUAUCUCCGAAGGGAAUUGCCCCGAGAGGAUCAUCACCUUGGCCGGACCCACCAACGCCAUCUUUAAAGCCUUCGCGAUGAUCAUUGACAAACUGGAAGAGGACAUCAGCAGCUCCAUGACCAAUAGUACGGCCGCUAGCCGACCCCCGGUCACUCUGCGGCUUGUGGUCCCUGCCAGCCAGUGCGGCUCUCUCAUCGGGAAAGGAGGAUGCAAGAUCAAAGAAAUUCGAGAGAGCACGGGGGCUCAGGUCCAAGUGGCGGGAGACAUGUUGCCCAACUCGACCGAGCGGGCCAUCACCAUCGCCGGGAUCCCGCAGUCGAUCAUCGAGUGCGUCAAACAGAUCUGCGUGGUCAUGUUGGAGACUCUGUCCCAGUCUCCCCCGAAGGGUGUGACCAUCCCGUACCGGCCCAAGCCGUCCAGCUCCCCGGUCAUCUUUGCCGGCGGUCAGGACAGGUACAGCACAGGCAGCGACAGUGCCAGCUUCCCCCACACCACCCCGUCCAUGUGCCUCAAUCCUGACCUGGAGGGACCACCUCUCGAGGCCUAUACCAUUCAAGGACAGUAUGCCAUUCCACAGCCAGAUUUGACCAAGCUACAUCAGUUGGCGAUGCAGCAGUCUCACUUCCCCAUGACGCACGGCAACACCGGAUUCAGCGGCAUUGAAUCCAGCUCUCCAGAGGUGAAAGGCUAUUGGGCAGGUUUGGAUGCAUCCGCUCAGACUACUUCUCACGAACUCACCAUUCCAAACGACUUAAUUGGCUGCAUAAUCGGGCGUCAAGGCGCCAAGAUCAAUGAGAUCCGCCAGAUGUCUGGGGCGCAGAUCAAAAUUGCCAACCCGGUGGAGGGGUCUACUGACAGGCAGGUGACCAUCACUGGAUCUGCCGCCAGCAUCAGCCUGGCCCAAUAUCUAAUCAAUGUCAGUUUAGAAAACGCUAAACCCUCCUCCCAGGCAGCCUCGGUCACGAUUCCCGAUCACCUCAGCAUCAACCUCUCUCAACCCUCCACCCCUUCUUCUUCUUCUUCCUCCUCCACCACCACCCCCUCGCUGGCCACGGCGGGGACCUCCGACGCGCCCUCCAGCCUCCCCAACCCUCUUCCGACCGCCCCUUGUGUCUCCAGUCUGCUUGGCAUGAAACCCAUCCCUCUCCUGGCUCUCAAUGUCGUGUCCUCCGCUAAGGGGCCCGGGGCCUCGGGGGCGUCCUCCUCCUCCUCCUCCUCCUCCGCCGCCGCCGCCGCCGCCGCCGCCGGGGCCUCCGCCGGGGCCUCCGCCGUGCCCUGCGCCCCUAACAAACUGAAAGCCGAGAAACAGAGAUUCUCUCCCUACUGACCGCCCCCCGCCCCGCCCCGGGGGGGUGGCUCACGGGGGCGUCCCCGACUCCCGUGGGAGGAAACCGAACCAGUGUGGGCUUUGUGACUUUCUUUUACCCCCCUUCUCCCCUCUCCCCGUCUCCUUUGGUGCUUUCUCUGGGUGGGUGGGGGGUGGGGGCCCCUUGCUUAGGUCUAGGUCGGUCUAGCUGAGUGUUACCCGUCCCGCCGUCUGUGACUUGUUGAGUUCUCCAGCUAGAGCUGUAGCCGUUGCUUUCCUCGCUCCCUCUCUGUCUCUCUUUCUCUCUCUCAUAGCUUGUUUUUCGCCUCGCGCUUAAUGGACAAAAUUGUGUCAGGGUCUGUGUUCACCAAUAAAGGUUUCUCCGCCGUUUUGAAAACAGCAAAAGCCGCGCCCCGUAAACCCUUUUCUCCCCCCCCCUCCCCGCCCCUUCUCGGUUAAGUUGCUCAGCAGACUUAACUGGUCUCUGUAGCCGUAAUAAAGUUGGCACCGUGAGAACGUC